AUGAAGUUCUUCGUCCCGUUCCUAUUCGCGGGGGUGGCGCUUGCCUCGCGAUACACACUCUCGGUGGACCUGAUCGAGGCUAUGUCCCCCGGGGAAGGUACUGCAAAGAUGCUUCCGCGAGACAAUGGGGUGCCGUCGGUUGGCUUCACAACUUGUGAUUUGGAUCUUGCAGUCAUCAGCCUCGAUGAGCACGGCUUCUUCAAUAACGGCUUCGUUAUACGGUUGCUUGAGCGAGAUAGAUGGGCCUUAAUCAGAGAUCCUGCCUACGCUGGUGACAUUACCGGUCCCUUUACUGUCGAUGACAUAACCGGCGACUUCAUUUAUCUUGAUGACGCCAAGGGACACCCAGGGGGGCGGUUUUGUGAUCCUGCGGAACGGGAUCAUGGAGCAGAUGAGGAACUCGACAUCUAUCUGUAUCACCAGGAGACGCUUGUACAUUACUGCCUCGGUCCCGGUUACAAGCUGACCGCCAAGCCUUACACCGGGGCCGACCCAUAA